AAAGAAAACAUGGAUUUGAUCAUCUUUACAAGAAAAAGGUUGGGAAACAGAAUAAUUUUACAAAUAGAGGGUUCUCGCAAUUCAUUUAUAGUUGAAAAUGUACAGAAAACCCUUUUUUUUUUCUAGUCACUCUUUUUGAUUGUGUUGCAUGAGAUUAUUUUAUUUGUUCGAGGGUAGAUUAAUCUGGAUCUCGUAAUUAGCAACCUUUUAGUGCCUAGGUUUGAAUUCUUCUGCUCAUAAAGGGAUUACCCUUGGGCUGUGAAAGGAGAGAUGUACAAACAGUCUAAUGAAGAACAGGGUGUAAGUAACAGGAAGGUUAGAAACUGUGAUGCUGCAGAGAGCAGUUUUCAAAGCAUGAAUGUUGAUGAUGUGGAUCCAUCUGGGUGUUCAUCAUUCCAAUUAAGAAAUCUGAGUUGCUGCUCAUUGGUUUGUAAACCAAGUGCUCCUAAGACAGCCAACAGAUACUUCAUGCUUCAUAAAGUAACUCAGUCCUGGCCUUCCCCUGCCUUGAGUUUUGUGGAGAGAGUGCCCCAGGAUGCACAAAGUUCUCAUGUUACAGUUUUUAAUUCAGGUGAUGGAUCCUCAAAAUCAGAUAACGAGUCAACCUCGUCUAAGAGCAUGCGGGAUGUUCAUAUUUCAAUGCGGUUGAUGGAGGACUUUCUAGAUCUUGCUAAAGAAAAUACAGAAAAGGAUUUGGAAACUUGUGGUAUACUUGGUGCCUAUCUUGAGAAGGGAACCCUCUAUAUGACUACUCUGAUUAUACCAAAGCAGGAAUCUGCUUCCAAUUCUUGUCAAGCUACGAAUGAGGAGGAAGUUUUCAAAAUUCUAAAUGAAAGAACCCUUUAUCCUGUAGGAUGGAUUCAUACACAUCCUUCUCAAAGUUGUUUCAUGUCAUCUGUGGAUCUUCACACUCAAUAUUCCUACCAGAUGAUGAUUCCUGAGGCAUUUGCCAUUGUCUUGGCACCAAAUGAUAAAUUAAGGAGCUGUGGAUUAUUUCGUAUAGCCGACCCUGAAGGAAUGAAUAUUCUGAAAAAUUGCCAGGAGACAGGAUUUCAUCCACACAAAGAACCAGAUAAUGGCAACCCUGUGUAUGAGCACUGCUCCAAUGUGUACAGAAACUCUAAUCUAAGGUUUGAAAUCUUUGAUUUGCGAUUAAAUUGACAUUGAAUACAACACUGUAUAAUAUGACAGAUUCAAGUGUUCUGAAAGAACAACACUGUAUAAUAUAACAG